AUGCCAACCACCACAUCCGCAUCCGACAAAUCGAGACAAACCUCGGCUGGCAAAGGAUUCUUCGGGAGGAAGCUGCACAAGGAGAGGCCGGUAGACGAUCGGUAUGAGGGUUAUGGAGGGUCGGAGAAUCUUGCGCCCCCAGGAAGCGUUGCUGGAUCCCGUUCGUCCCGGCAUUCGAAACGAUCAUCCGUCCAAUCUGUGGAUUACUCGCACGACUUCGAUCCAAGCGGUCUCUCGAUGACCGCAGGUGUCAUAACAUCCAUCCCCUUUGAGAGCCUUCCUGCGGAUACCAGGUCUCCCAUACCGGUAGAUUAUCUGUCCAGGGCGGAGCCAUCGCCGCGAAAGGAGCCUUCGCCAAAUCAUCUUGCCAAGGGGGGCGGUGAUUUUCAUCAAUACCCAGCAUGGAACCCGACGGGACUACGAGAAAACAACGCCUUUUCCCAUCCUACUGGGCCGCGUCCCCCGCCGCACGCGUCCAAUGUGUCUAUGGUCGGGAGUACUGCAGGAGACAAAAGCGCGAGGUAUCAGCAGUGGGCAAGACCAGGUAGUUCGGCCACCAAUGCUGGGUUCAGUCAUAAUUCUUCGUCCACCGUGGAUUCAUCGUCGACGUCACGGAUGUCCCUUGAUCAGACCAGCAUCCAUUCGUCUCUCUCUUCCAACACAAGGGGCUCGAGUUAUAUCUCAUCGGACGGCUCAGCACGGACGCUCACAACAUCGCAUUCAGGUGACCGUGGCACCCUCUUCCCAAGCAGCGGCAACUCCAAUCGAUUCUCUACUGCGCAAGCGGCAUGGCAAGCUGCUCAGCUGGCUGCCCAUCCUGCUGCACCGGCCCUCAAUCCUGAGCAAUAUCUCUCGCGGCCCAGGGACGAUCGCAUUGUGGACCAACUGUUCCUUGACUUGAUGCAAAAGCGAGGCUGGCAAAACCUUCCAGAGCAGGCCAAGCGGCAGAUGCUGGCGUAUCCCGCAUCCAAGAAAUGGACGCUAGUACACCAGGACCGCUUGACGGAACUACAGGGUGAACAGAAGCGGAGGCAGAACGCAAGGCAAACUCAUGGCCAUGACGGUCCGACCGGCAUUCUCGAGCGGGCCGAUGAAGAAGGGAGCCCGGAGUGGUAUGUGAAGAAGGUCAUGGAUGACAGUAUCACAUCAAAGCAAUUGGCCAGCUUGAGUGUCAGUCUGCGAACGCAACCCAUCAGUUGGGUCAGAGCUUUUGUCGAAGCACAAGGUCAAAUCGCCUUGACCAAUGUUCUCUCAAAGAUCAACCGCAGGAAGGCUUCGGGCCCCGUCCCCGCGCCACCGACAGGCGACCGGGACUUGGAUAGAGAGUACGAUAUUGUCAAGUGUCUCAAGGCCCUCAUGAACAACAAAUAUGGUGCGGACGACGCAAUCAAUCAUCAGCAGGUCAUUAUCGCUCUUAUCAGCUCGCUAUUAUCUCCGCGGCUGAACACAAGGAAAUUGGUCAGUGAGGUUCUGACCUUCCUAUGUCACUGGGCGGAAGGGGAGGGCCAUCAAAAGGUCUUGCAGGCUAUGGAUCAUGUCAAGAAUCAGCAUGGUGAAACUGGCCGUUUUGACGCCUGGAUGCGAAUCGUGGAGGUGACGAUCGACGGCCGCGGCAAGAUGGGCAGUUUAGUCGGUGCCAGUGAAGAGUAUCGCAGCGGCGGCAUUGGCAUGGAGAAUCUGCUCAUGGAGUAUGCGGUCUCAACCAUGAUGCUCAUCAACAUGUUGGUGGAUGCGCCGGAAAAUGACCUGCAAUUGCGAUGCCACAUCCGGGCCCAGUUCAUCUCCUGCGGCAUCAAGCGUCUCUUGACGAAGAUGGAAGGAUUCCAGUACGAGGUCAUCGAUAAGCAGAUCGAGCGGUUCAGAGAAAACGAGGCCAUUGACUAUGAAGAUCUCCUUCAGCGGGAGAGUAGCAGUAUGAAGGAUAGCAUCGAGGGUGAGGUGAAGGACAUGAGCGAUCCCCUGCAAAUCACGGAUGCCAUUCUGACCAGACUCAAUGGGACGCGUGCCCAUGAUUACUUCCUUUCCGCUAUGCAGCACAUGCUUCUCAUACGGGAGAACUCUGGGGAGGACGGUCUUCGAAUGUUUCAGCUUGUCGAUGCCAUGCUCAGCUACGUUGCCAUGGACCGGAGACUACCCGAUCUUGAUUUACGGCAAGGAUUGACUUUUACAGUACAAAGUCUUCUGGACCGGCUUCAUACUGAUGCAGAGGCAAGGCGGGCAUACGACGAGUCCCUUGAGGCGCGGCAGAUCGCGGAGGCCGCAAUUGCGGAACGGGACGAGAUGAAGGCGCAGGUGGAGAUGGGCGCGGAUGGUUUGGUGAAGAAACUGCAGAAGCAGAUCGAUGAACAAACGAGCAUCAUUGAGCUUCAGACUAGACAAAACGAAGCACUCAAGGCAGAGCUUGCCGACGUUCAGCGGCUGCGUGCUCAGGAGCUGCAGCGGAAUGAACUGGAAACCAGAGAGCUCUAUCUAAUGCUCCGGGACGCUCAGGAUAUCGCUGCAUCGAAUGCCAAGAAGACUAAUCUUGCCGAGACCGAUCCAACGCACAUGAGGGGUAUCCUGGACCGGGAAAGACUGCUGGAGCGGUUGGAGAAACAGCUUGAACGGACCAAGACUCAGUUCAAGCUGGAGGGCAAAGUCUGGGGCCAGCAUGGACCUUCCGACCGACUGCGUGAGCUACGGGAGCAGAUGGACGGCGAACCCGACCCGGAGGACUUCCAGGAACAAGCUCGUCGAAACCUGGACACCAGCGCUCUGGGUUCUGUUCAUCGCAAAAGAAGCCAUGUUCCGGGGAUGGAGGCUGCUAACGGUCAAGAGAGGCCAUCGGACCAGGAUGGGUCACUUCUCGUCAACUUUGGACGGCCCCGAAUGGAUCCGGAACAAGCGUCUGAUUUGCUGGGGGAGAUUGCUUCUAAAGUCCCAAAGAUCGACGCUGAAGAUGCUGAAGCCGACGAGAGUGAUGCUCAACCAUCUCAACCCGAGACUGAAGAAGUCCAGGUCGGCCAAGAUGAAGAAGUGAAGCUCGAGAGUGAGAGCGAGAAGCCCGAAGAGAAAGCUGUAUCCGUGCCUGCACCUCCUCCCCCUCCUCCUCCUCCCCCACCACCACCUCCUCCAGGUGGUGCAGUUGGCAUUCCGCCUCCGCCUCCACCGCCGCCGCCAGGUGCCAAGGGUUUGGGAGUUCCGCCUCCGCCGCCGCCGCCUCCUCCGCCACCCCCUCCUGGCUUUGCUGGAGGAAUGCCUCCGCCCCCUCCACCUCCCCCGGGUGGGUUCGGAGCACCUCCACCACCUCCGCCGCCUGGUGUUGGCGGAGGCUGGCGAGCCAACUACAUGGCUUCGCAAUCAGCACCUUCUCAUCCAACUGCCGUCUUGUCGUCUAUUAGACCGAAGAAGAAACUCAAGGCUCUUCAUUGGGACAAGGUCGAUACUCCACAGGUAACAGUGUGGGCUAUUCGCGAUCCCACUCCUCAAGCGAAGGAAGAGAAGUACAGCGAGUUGGCGAAGAAAGGCGUCUUGGACGAAGUCGAAAGGCUAUUCAUGGCAAAGGAGGCCAAGAUUUUUGGGGCCGGCUCCGGCGCCAAGCAGCGCAAAAACAAGAAACAGAUCAUCUCAAACGACCUGUCGAAGACCUUCCAGAUCGCAUUGGCCAAGUUCUCUCAGUAUCCUGUCGACGAUGUCGUCCGUAUGAUAAUCCAUUGCGAUUUAGAAAUUCUGGACAAUAUGGUGGUCAUGGACUUUUUGCAGAGAGAUGAGAUGUGCACGAUACCCGAGAAUGUCUCCAAGUUAAUGGCACCUUACAGCAAGGACUGGACGGGCCCUGAUGCUGCUAGUUCCGAGCGAGAGCAAGAUCCAACCGAGCUCACGCGGGAGGACCAGAUCUACCUUUACACUGCUUUUGAGCUGAAUCAUUACUGGAAAGCGAGAAUGCGGGCCCUUGCACUCACACGCUCCUUCGAGCCGGACUAUGAGCAUCUCUCGACGAAAAUCCGCGAGGUCGUGAGGGUCAGCGAGACCUUGAGAGACUCAGUCUCCUUGAUGAAUGUUCUUGGGCUGAUCCUGGAUAUCGGUAACUUCAUGAACGACGCCAACAAGCAAGCUCAAGGUUUCAAGUUGAGCUCGCUCGCUCGCCUUGGCAUGGUCAAGGAUGAUAAGAAUGAGACAACAUUCGCAGACCUCGUUGAGCGUAUUGUCCGCAAUCAGUACCCCGAGUGGGAAGGUUUUGUUGAUGAGAUUGGCGGCGUCAUCGGAGUGCAGAAGAUCAACGUCGACCAGUUGCGGGCAGAUGCCAAGAAGUACAUUGAUAAUAUCAAGAACGUGCAGGCAAGCCUUGAUGCUGGCAAUCUAAGCGAUCCCAAGAAGUUCCAUCCACAGGACCGCGUGAGUCAAAUCGUCCAGCGAAGUAUGAAAGAUGCCAGAAGAAAGGCGGAGCAAAUGCAGCUUUAUCUGGAGGAGAUGGUCAAGACGUAUGACGACAUCAUGGUCUUUUACGGAGAAGAUAAUACGGAUGAAGGAGCUCGACGAGAUUUCUUUGCGAAGCUGGCUUCGUUCCUGCUGGAGUGGAAGAAAUCGAAAGAGAAGAAUAUCACCCUCGAAGAAUCCAGGAAGCGUACAGAGGCUUCCCUGGCCCGCAAACGUGUCAACGCCGGCCUUGCCAACAGUUCUGGUGCAGGCGAUGCACCGCUGUCUCCCGCUGCGAGCGGUGCCAUGGACUCGCUUCUGGAGAAAUUACGAGCUGCAGCUCCUCAAGCUAAAGAUCAACGUGAUCGUCGUCGGCGCGCCAGGUUGAAGGAACGUCACCAGGUUCGCGUUGCUUCAGGUCAGAAGAUGCCGGACCCCACUGCAUCUGAGCCCGCAAAUGGUGAAACGCAGACGGACAGCAAUAGUGCCACUCUCAUGGGCAGCAAUAAUGACUCUAGCACCACAGAGACCGGCCUGUUGAGCCCACCAGGUCAAGAGACAGAUGUAGACACCCAGGCGAACGAGCUGCAGGUGUCAGAGAGCGAAGACGUUGCAGACCGCGCUGCAAGCAUGCUGCAAGGUCUCAGGGAUAACAUGGAUAACAACGGAGAGCGUGCUCGACGGAGAAGAGAGAGCGCCGAGGAGGAACGUCGGAAACGCAGACUGAGAAGGAGGAAUGGAGGAAAUGCUAGCAAAGACAGCGCUGACGGUUCGAGUUUGUCGAUCGUCCCAGAGCCCGCAACACCACCACCCAGUACCGAAGCCUCAGCACUGAGUGAGCCCGGCAUGAUCAGUCCUUCGAAUGAGGAGAACGGGGCUUCACAGCCUCCUCAAACUCCCUCUAUUGUCGUUUCGCCGAACGCAGAUCAGCAUCACGGAUCACCCGGUGACGAAGAUCCCCUGGAUGGCUCGCCACAGCAUCAGCCUACAGAGCAGUCGGGUUGA